GCUACAUGGGAACCUAUUAGAUAACCAAUUCUCCUGUCGGCCGCCUCACAGGGGGAGAGAGCAAGCGAGAGAGGGAGAGAGUGUACCUGCAAUGGUGGACACACAGGGAUUCCAUUCAAACCCAGCCCUGCAAGUAACAGACAUGGCAUAUAGGAAAGUGCGUGCUGGCCACGGUUCUCUCCGUGCACGAGAUCUGGAGAACGAGGAGCUUCACACGGCUUCCCUUGAACUGGAAUGGGAUAUGGAGAAGGAGCUAGAGGAACCGGGUCUGGACCGCUUCCAGCUGGAGUGUGUGGAGCAUCAACCUGUGAGCAGCUCUUCCGGCGGGGGCAUGGACCCAGACCUGGAACCAAUUCAACCUUCCGUCUCCCCCCAUGGACGUUUCGAACGUCUCCAGGAGGACCCUAAUUAUGUUUCUCGUUUCAGCCGGUCGGCACCCAAGGGCCAGAGACGGAAUGGGACCUGCCUCGCCAAAUACUUGCUAGGGGGGGUGGGAGUGUUUGCUCUGGGGCUGCUCAUUGGACGAUACGCCUUCAGCAAGGAGCAAGUGAAAGUAGAGCCAAGUGCAGACACAGAUGUGCUGGAGAAGAUUGUUCAGGGAAUCACAGCAGAGAAGAUACAAGCACUGCAGAGGGACUUUGACAGCUUGUCCGAUCUCACGGAAGAGUCCAAGGUCAGGUACAUCGCUCAGCGGUGGGAGGAGCUUGGAUUAAAAGAUGUCCAGGUGACCAAUCACACAGCUCUCCUGAGCUAUCCCGGACCCGCCCUCAGCACGAUCACCGAUAUAAGUGGAAACCAGUGUUACCUGCCCAGUGGAGCGAGGUGUGAUCAAGCGUUCACAUCUACGACUGAACCAUUUGCCUAUGCAGCCUAUUCGGCUAUGGGAAAUCUAGUGGCGGAGGUGGUGGACAUUCAGUAUGGGAGCGCAGAGGAUUUGAGACGAGUCCAAGCUAGUGCAAAUGUGACCAAUAAAAUAGCACUGUUGAAACUUGGACAAUCACCUUUGCUGUACAAGCUCUCUCUCCUGGCAGAGGUGGGGUUUGGUGGCUGUCUUCUCUAUGUGGAUCCAUGUGAUGCCCCAUUUGGGAAUAAGACAUUUGGGGUAACCCUGAACCCAGGUGGGAACCCAUUUUUUCAAAAAGACACCAGUACUGCCGGAAGAGACAGUCGCCAUAACCUGACAUCAUUGCUGGUUCAGCCCAUCUCUGCCUCCUUUGCAAAAAUGCUGCUCUCUGCCCCCGCCAUGGGGCAGGGAAGACCCUGCGUCCCCAUUGCCAUGCCCUCAGCCUCAGCAAGAAAAAUCAUAAAUCUCACCAUUGAAAACCAGGCAUCCUUCAAGACUGUGCACAAUGUUAUUGGAUAUCUCAAAGGCAAAACCAAUCCAGAUCGAUAUGUACUGGUUGGCAGUCGUCAUGGCAGCUGGUACGAGGGCGCGUUGGCGGACUGGGGGAAAGGCUCUGCAGUCAUGACUCAGAUCAUCGCCUCCAUGACGGCUCAAACCCGUGCGGGCUGGCAGCCCGACCGCACCAUCGUCUUCUGCUCCUGGGGGGGAACCUCACUUGGCAACAUCGGCUCCUUUGAGUGGGGGAAGGAGAAUGCAGUGGUUCUUCAGAGCAGGGCAGUGGCUUAUGUCAGCCUGCACAGUCCCGUCAGAGCCCCUGGAUCCCUGCAGGCCAUAAUGUCACCUUCCCUUCAGCAACUGGCAACUGAAACCCAAAAGAGACAUUUGAUGAGCUGCAGCAGAGGAGGUGGUUGUCCUGGUCCGAAUGUCAGCUCACUGCAGACACCUGGAGAUUUGAUCUUUUUCUCCAGUCAACUUGCUGUCCCCACAGUGGAGUUCACAUACUCAGAGUUCCCUAAAACAGAGAGAGCGUUUUUUCUCUCUGAGGCCUUUUUCCCUCCUGAGUCUUCAUUAAGAGAGACCUUGGAUCCAGCCUUCAAACUCCAUGAGACUAUUGCCAAGAUCACAGCCGAGGCCAUCCUGCGACUCGCUACAGAUCCCGUUCUUCCAUUUUACCCUUUGGAUAUUGCUCUCGAUGUUCAGAACAAACUCAAAGAUGACCCACUGAGCCAGCCGGACCUGCUGAACGUGGCUUCAUCUUUGAGAGACAACUCAGCUUUCUUCCAAUCUGAGGUCAUGCGUCCUGCCAAUGACCCCAAAGAGAGAGAUCCCACCCACGUACGCAUGCUCAACGACGUCCUACGAGACCUGGAAAAAAGCUUCCUUAUCCCAAACCAGCCUCUCGGCUUUAACAGGAACAUUCUCUAUUGCUUGAGCAGACAAACUCCACGCUUCUCUAUCUUGAAGGACGCCCUGGAGGUCCCCUGGCACAACAGCAUCAAGCAGUCCCUGACUCUGGUAUCCAGCGCCAUCAGUUCAGCAGACAAACUCAUACAAAGCGGACUCGACCUGUUUGAGAAUGAAAAUGACAUCCCGCAAUGACAUCUGGAAAGAGACCACCACACCUCACGGCAUCAGAAUAUGACACAAAUCCUGAGAUCUUCUGGUCGCCACAGAGGGUUCAAAGGGAUCUGAAGACACUUUGAGAAAUAGAGGGUAUCAUUAUUAAGUGCACUAUUAACCUUAUAUAGGUCCACUUGAGGAAUUUCUUCAGGCCAAUACUAAGUUAUUGUUUUUGUUCCUCUAAUGAUGUUCAAAAAUGGAUCUAGAAAGAUUAAUGACAAAAGAGUCAGAGAGCUCGCAGGGUCAAGACUUUUUGUUCUGGGGAAAAACACCAGAUUCACUGAUUGAAAAAAGAAAGCUGAAAGGAAGCACCAGCAGCGUGUGCUACUGUGACAGUCUCUCAGGGGUGUUUGUUUCAGAAUCUGUAGAAAAAUAGGAACGGAACAAAAUAUUUGUUCCAGAAAUGUUUGUACUUUUUUUUUUUUUGUACAUGUAAAUCAAUUAAAGUUUAAUUAAUAGAGCUUGAGUCAACAAAACAAGAAUUCAGGGUAAUGAUUGUUCUGAUACAGUGGGGGAAAAAAAUUAUUUGCUCCCCUGCUGAUUUUGUACGUUUGCCCAACAACAACAACAAA